CCCAAAAGCCCAGAGCAAUUCUCGUGGCUACAAUGCGUGAAGCGUUUUUGUCCCAACACCCUUCUUCCAUUUCAUUUUCCCACACCAGCUUCUCCUCCUUCACCUUCUCCGUAAUCUUCCUUCGAUUCGAUUCUCAGUUCCCAAUCGCACUUCCAAUUCUGUAGACCGAGAUGGCUGGAGGAGUUAUGCUACAGUUAUUGAGGAGGAAACUCCAGCCUCAUUCUCUGAAUCCUUCUAUGUCAUCUGGUUCUGGCUCUGCUGGCAGCAGCUCCUUAAGAGCUCUUGCGCUAAUUGGAGCUGGCAUCUCAGGUUUUUUGGGUUUUGCAACAACUGCAUCAGCUGAUGAAGCAGAGCAUGGCCUGUCAUGUCCAAGCUAUCCAUGGCCUCACGAGGGCAUCCUCAGUUCAUAUGAUCAUGCUUCGAUACGUCGUGGUCAUCAAGUUUAUCAACAAGUCUGUGCUUCCUGUCAUUCUAUGUCUUUGAUAUCAUACCGUGAUUUGGUUGGUGUUGCAUAUACAGAAGAAGAGGUCAAGGCUAUGGCAGCUGAGAUUGAGGUGGUUGAUGGGCCUAAUGAUGAGGGGGAGAUGUUUUCACGCCCCGGUAAACUCAGUGAUCGCUUUCCGGAGCCUUAUGCAAAUGAAUCAGCUGCUAGGUUUGCCAAUGGAGGAGCCUACCCUCCAGAUCUAAGUCUUAUUACCAAAGCUCGUCACAAUGGUCAGAACUAUGUAUUCUCCCUUCUAACCGGCUAUCGUGAACCCCCUGCUGGUAUCGUGAUCAGAGAAGGACUGCACUAUAAUCCUUAUUUUCCUGGUGGGGCCAUUGCCAUGCCUAAGAUGCUUAAUGAUGGCGCUGUUGAAUAUGAAGAUGGAACCCCUGCUACAGAAUCUCAGAUGGGGAAAGAUGUUGUGUCAUUUUUGUCAUGGGCAGCUGAGCCUGAGAUGGAAGAGAGAAAACUGAUGGGAUUUAAGUGGAUAUUUGUACUAUCACUGGCAUUACUUCAAGCUGCCUAUUAUCGUCGCCUUCGGUGGUCUGUUCUCAAGUCUCGCAAGCUGGUUCUUGAUGUUGUCAAUUAGCUGCCUUCAAGUUUACUUUUCAAUUAAAAAAAGAUUUUCUUUGGCAAUAAUUUUGUCAAAUCUUAUCAUGUCAAAUUCGUUGAUGGAGUAACAGGAAGCCUGUUCAAUUUUUGUUUGAGAUAGAAAUAAAGCUGCUACAUGUACGUGAGAGAUACGUUACUUCACUUUUCUUCCUCCUCAGACCUGUGUAUUUCUUACCUUCUCCAGGACCCUCGUAAGCUGGAUUUUUAUAUAUUCGACCCAUGAUUGGGGUUUAUUUUGGUUUA